AUGAACCUGCAGGCUUUUGGCAAAGAGGCGAGGGAGCGGGACCUCCGCUGGGCUUGGAAGAAGACGCCUCCCCAGCACCACCUCCGGCUCCUCCUCCUGCGCAGGUGGAGUGGUGGUGCUGCGACUUCUGUGACCUCCGGCGCCGCUGCCUCCGGCGCCGCCGCCGCCUCCGGUGCCGCCUCCUCCGGUGUUGCUGCUGCUGGUUCAGCUGGAGGAGGCUCCAACUCGGCGUUCGGUGCUGCUGCUGCUUCUGGCACCUCGAUUGACGCAGCAGGUCCGGCGGCCUCCACCUCUGGGGUGGGCUCAGGCGUUAGGGGUGUGGCGGCCUUCGGCUCCGGACCUCUGGGUCCGGCUGCUGCUGGUGCUGGCUGA